AACUCCUACUUUUUGUGUCAUCCAGUGUUAUAUUAUUCAUAUAAAACUGAAACUGUCGCCAAAUCCGAUUUUGACAUGUUCCAUGCAAGGUUGUGUGCACCGGUAGACUGUUGUUUCCUCCGCCUACAAAAGUGCUGGAAGGUCUGAGGGAAUUCUGGUGAUCCUCCUCCUCCAAAUUACAGGUAUCCCUUGCCGGUUGGAGACUACAGAAGAUUUUUUGUUGUUGCGAAUUGCUGGAUUAUAUGUUGAAACCGACCAUGUCCACGGCGUAAAGGCAGUGCCCUUUGCAAUUUCCAUCCAUCUAAAGAUCACUUUUUCAGCGUGGGAUCAUGUGGAUCAUCGUGUUAUUUUUCCUGACUGGUCCCGACUGGAGCGCGGGGUGCCAGUUGCCCCACGACUGGAGACCCCAGACGGAGGCGUGUCGCGCCGAGCUGGCCGAGAUCAUCGUGUUCGCCAAGGUGCUGGCCCUGCACCAGGAACCGUACAACUACCUGCCGUGGCAGAGCCACGCCGACUUGCUGUACUCCGCCGAGAUCGAGCUGUUGUGCGAUCAGGCGUGGGGAAGCAUGCUGGAGGUCCCUGCUGGGUCCAGGUUUAACGUCACGGGUCUGGGUUACUUCUCCUGCUACUCCUACAGUGUGACGCCAAAUAACAAUUACUACUUCUUCAUAAAGAUGGAUGAAAACUACAAUAUGGUCCCCCACGGAGUGAACUUCCAGGAUGCCAUCUUUCCAGACACGGUGGACAACCAUCACACCUUUGCCAGCCUUUUCCAAUUUGCCAACUGCACACCCGGGACUCUGGUUCAUAGCUACACCCCCGAGUGGGAGGCUCAGGAGGAUAGCAGGUUGUUAUGCUCCACGGUGCAGAAGGCUCUGUUCGAGGAGGAGGAGAAGGUGAACACGCUGUCUCAAAAAGUGCGUUCGUUGGAGAAGGCAAACGGCCACCUGAGGGAGAAGGUGAAGACCAUGAAACGUCUGCUGCGACAGGCCCAACGAGACGCGGCCAUGGAGCGGCAAACGCUCAACCUCAAGCAUCUCUACGAAUCCAAGACGUCCCGAACGCACCCCCACCAGGACACCACCCAAGACCGGAAGGAGCCCCCCCUCAAGAGGGCGCUGUCAAAAAGGUUGAAGAAGUAGCUCUGACUUCAUUGCUACUACCCAAAGUGGAUGCGUCUUAAUAUAAUUAUUUCCUUGUGUAGCAUCACAUCAACUUCUGAACACAUGCAUUUGGUUAUUACGUUGUCGGUCAUGACUGUAUGCUGGUCAUGCAAAUCGCUUAUAUUGAUGAGUUACAAAAAUAAGGUAAAUGUCUUUAUAUGUAUUUUUAAGUACAUGUCGCGAAGGGCCCACUUGAUGAUGUGUUUUCUUUUACUGGUAAGUUUAUUUUGAAACUAUUUAUGUAAAAACACUCAAGAAAGCCUUUUUGUUAUUUUUGUAAGUCUACUCAUACAUUAUCUUUUUCUUUCUUUAAAAAAAAAUUUUUUUUUUAAACGGGGUGCUGUGCACCUUUUCAUUUAAACAUUUGACAGCGCUAGACGUCCAAACCAUUUGGACUGGGGGGCAAAUGAACUAAUUUGACUGCCAAAGUUAGCCAAGUGCAGUCAUUCAUUCAAUGGAUCACAUAAAUCACAAAUCUACAGUUUUGACAGCGCUGAUGUCAAAAUAAAAGCAUGUUAUUUAGUAUGUACAAUAUGAGUGAGCUACAUCAUUGGAACCAGAUUGGACCCCCUGGCGGGCCGCUUAAGGCCCGUAAGCCGUAUGGUUGAUACCCCUGAUUUCAGUUUUUAUUUGUUGUCAUCAUACCGUAAUUAUUUUUUCAUAUUAACCAUGCUUUCACUACCUAAUUUAGA